CUGUUGACAUUUAACAUUGACACUAGACAGUUCAGGUUUUUGCAAAUUAAAGCCCGAAUUUUUUCAGGCGAUAAAAAUGGGUCUUUCUAGCACAAUUUACAAUUCCAUUUUUAAAAGAACCUCAACAAUGGCUUUAGCUGUUGUUGUUUCUGCAUUUUUCUUCGAGAGAACUUUCGAUUUAGCAACAGACACCUUUUUUGAAAGAUAUAAUGAAGGGAAAUUAUGGAAACACAUCAAGGACAAAUAUGAGCAGGAAUAAGUGAUAAUUAUUUUUUGUUAGUAUAAUUUAUUGUAAAUAAAAAAACUUCUGCCCA